GAAUUCUAUUCCAACUGACAUAGGACGAGUAUGGUCCACAAUUAUGUUUAUAACAUAUGUAAUGCUAUUAGGUUUACCCUUUUUGAUUUCAUGUUCAGUUUUACCGAGGAAAUUUUCUGAAAAUGAUUUACUAAAAUACAGAGACAGAGUUAGUUCAAUGUUUUAUCACUCUUAUAAUGCUUAUUGGGAACAUGCUUAUCCUUAUGAUGAAUUACGACCACUAACAUGCGAUGGCCAAGACACCUGGGGCAGCUACUCUUUAACUUUAAUAGAUGCAUUAGAUACACUAGUCGUUCUUGGAAACUAUUCUGAGUUUCGAAGAGUAGCUAAAAUAAUACUUAAAACAGUUGAUUUUGACCAAGACAUCAAUGUAUCAGUUUUUGAAACUAACAUUCGAAUUGUUGGGGGUCUACUUUCGGCUCAUCUUUUUAGCAAAAAAGCCGCUCUAGAAAUAGAAGAAGGAUGGCCUUGCUCAGGACCACUUUUGCGACUUGCAGAAAAUGUUGCAAGACGACUGUUACCUGCAUUUCAAACUGCAUCUGGCAUGCCAUACGGUACUGUUAACUUACGAUACGGCGUUCCAUCUGGUGAAACUAGCAUAACGUGUACUGCUGGUGUGGGAACUUACAUCGUUGAAUUUGGCACUCUGUCUAAAUUAACGGGUGACCCUGCCUUCGAAACAGCAGCAUUAAAAGCUCUCUAUGCUUUAUAUGAAUGCCGGUCAGAAAUAGGGUUGGUUGGCAAUCAUAUAGAUGUACAAACUAGAAAGUGGACGGCGCUUGACUCAGGAAUUGGAGCUGGUGUAGAUUCAUUUUUUGAAUACCUAGUCAAAGGGGCGGUAUUAUUUGACAAACCCCAACUUAUGGAAAUGUUUCAUCAAUUGGAAGGUUCAAUAGAAAAAUUUUUAAAACAAGAUGACUGGUAUUUUUGGGUUAACAUGAAAAAAGGACAAGUAUCAUUGCCAAUAUUUCAAUCUUUAGAAGCCUUUUGGCCAGGACUUUUAGCAUUAACAGGUGAUACUGAAAAAGCCCUGAAGAGUUUACAUAAUUAUAUGCAAGUGUGGAAUCAGUAUGGUUCAACUCCUGAAUUUUAUAAUGUUCCAAAAUCAACAGCUCAAUCAAGUAGAGAAGGAUAUCCUUUAAGACCAGAAUUAAUAGAGAGUAUAAUGUAUGUUUAUAGAAGUACAAAAGAUCCUCUAUUGAUGGAAAUGGGAGUAUCAAUACUAACAGCUAUUGAAAGUAUUGCAAAAACUCCUUGUGGAUAUGCAUCUGUUAAGAACGUAGAAAAUCAUUUAUUAGAUAAUCGAAUGGAAUCAUUCUUUUUAGCAGAAACUACGAAAUACUUAUAUCUAUUAUUCUCACCUGAUCAUUGGAUACACGGUUCUGAUGGCGUGCUAGUUAAAUCAACCGCUGGUGAAUGCAUUUUAGACACUGGAGGUUAUAUUUUCAACACCGAAGCCCACCCAAUUGAUGCCGCUGCUGUAUACUGUUGCAGCUCUCAAAAACAAACGUCAGAUGAAAUUGUUCAAAAAUUUAGAAAUAAAUUGGAUAUCACAGCCAUAUUAGGUUUCGCUGAUCAAGACUAUGACCUCCUGCAGCCUUUGGAUGAGAUUAUAUCAGUUGCUUUCAAUAAUACCUGGGAUGUAAAUUUAUGGCAUCUGCCAGAUUAUUUGUCAGAAUUUUAUAAGCGUUCUCCCAAAGACCAUAUCGAUAAGAUUCAAUUGGAGGUUUUAAGGACUUUUGCUGAAGCUAAGGAUGAAAGUUAUAAAGGCGUCUGUGACGCUGCUGAAGUACAUCUAUUCAAUUAUUAUAAAGCGAAGACUAUUAAAUUGAAAUCAUCAACAUCUCUAUCCUGUCCAUCACCAUCAUUCUUAGAAAUGCUAAGUGUAGGUGGUGAGAGCUUUGAGAUAAAUUUGUUAAUUGAUUGAAUUGUUGACUGUUAAAUCUUGUUGUUUUUUUUUGUUGUGAUAAAAGCAAUCAUAAUAAUUACUGAAUAUUUACUUAAAUCUUCGUCUUGUGCAUUUAAAAUGAAAUUUAAUGUCAGGCAAACCACUAAUGUAAAUCAAAUAAUAAUUUUUAACCUAUGGUACAUAAAGAGAUUUAUUUAGUUUAAAUUAGAAAGUUAAUUAUGUUUUUAUUUCUUGUAUUUCUUAUUUAGAAUAUCUUUUUUUGUUCCACUCAAAUUUGGUACCAAGCUCUACAUAACAUCCUUUAGUUAUAAUCCGUGAUUAAUCCCUCUUCUGACCAUGUGUAUUGUCAAGGCUGAGUUUUUUCGUGUUAAGAAGAAGCUUGUUUCUCUAUAUUUUUUAUACAUUUUCGGAGUACAUAUGUAUAAUUUUUGUCUAUGAUAUAUAUUGGCCCCUAUCAACGUUAUUUGGAACUGAGUUAUUUGAAUAAUAUUUCGUUUAUUAAAAGUUUAUACCAUAAUUUUUAUCUAUAUAUUCCUUUUUUCGUUCGGUGCUAUUUUUCGCUCAAACGUGAAACUACGAACUUGGGAUGCUUUUUAGAAAAGUGCAAAAUAUCAUAAAUUAUUGCUUUAAUAAACACUUAUUACUAUCAAAUACAGCAGUAACUAUUGCUAUUAGCACUACUGGUGAUGGAAUGCAACAAACUUAUGAGUUGAUAAAGAAACGUCAAGAUCAUUGGAAUUGGAUGAGAACCGGAGGGAUUGCAGCUUCAGGACUAAUAAUUGGACCAUUUUUUCAUAAUUAUUAUAAAAUAUUAGAUUAUUUCAUAAAAGGAAGUAAUUUGAAGGCAGCUUGUUUGAAGCUCUUAAUCGAUACCACUCUUUGCUGUCCAAUAUAUAUAUCUGGCUAUAUUAUACUAAUUGAGUAUUGGAGAGGUACUAAUACAAACAAAAUAAUGGAAAAUCUUAGAAAAAAAGGUUUAAAACUAUAUAAAGCAGAAUGCACUGUAGGAAUACCUGCUCAAUUCAUAAACUUUUACUAUAUUCCCUUAAGAUUUCGGGUUUUGUAUGAAAAUAUUGUCUCUGUUGGAUUUGAUUGUUAUUACAGCUAUGUAACUUUUACAAAAGAUCAUCUGAAUGAAUGCUCGAUCUUGACAGAGAAUGUGGGUAGAAAUAAGAAGUGGACAAACGAAUAAAUAAAUCGAUAUUAUAUAAGUUGUAAAUAUAGUUUUUAAGUUAAUUCUUUAUUUUUGAAUUUAUUGUUUUUCUAUGUUGCUCUUGCUAAUUAUCAACUUG